CAGGCGCCAGGCAUAGAGAGCGGAAGCGGAAGUCUUGACGGGUCCGGUAGAUUCCCUCAGCAACCGGGAGCCAUGCCCGGCUUGGAGGAGCAGGGGCCUCGGCCCAUAGCGACCCCGUGCAGCUGCGUGAAGCCGGCUUUGGAGACAGGGAAUCUUUUAACCGAGCCAAUAGGCUACUUGGAAUCCUGUUUCUCAGCCAAGAAUGGUACUCCAAGGCAGCCAUCCAUUUGUAGCCAUUCCCGAGCUUGUUUGAGGAUUAGAAAAAGCAUCUUUAAUAAUCCUGAACAUUCCUUGAUGGGCCUAGAACAGUUCUCGCAUGUUUGGAUUUUGUUUGUUUUUCACAAAAAUGGUCAUUUGAGCUGUAAGGCAAAAGUGCAGCCUCCUAGGCUGAAUGGUGCAAAGACUGGAGUUUUUUCUACAAGGAGCCCUCAUCGUCCCAAUGCGAUAGGACUGACCCUGGCCAAGCUGGAAAAGGUAGAAGGUGGAGCUAUAUACCUUUCUGGAAUUGACAUGAUACAUGGCACACCUGUACUAGACAUAAAGCCCUACAUAGCUGAUUAUGACUCGCCACAAAAUUUGAUGGAGCCUUUAGAGGAUGUUAAUUUGCAGAAUAACCAACAUAAACCAAAAACCGUGUCCCGCUCUGAUAGUUGUGAUCAGCGACAGUUCUCAGGACUCAAGGAGCCACAACCCCACCAUAGCACUAAGGAAAAACCUAAACAUCCUGAAGACAGAACUUCACAAGACCACUGCGUGGAACACAGCAACACAGCAAAAAUCCAGCAACCCUCGCCCAAGCACGAGGAGAUGGCAGUGGAUUUUGGUUUGGAAUCAAGAAGUGAUCAAAGUCCAAGUGUGGCAGAAGAGCAGAUUAGUCCAAAUUGCCUGGAGAAGAGCUCUUCGGAGGAAGGCACCGAUGAGAGGCUGAGGGGAGUGGAAGGAGCAGCGGUCCCGCAAGGACGCAGUGCAGAGACCCAGCCCACGCCUCUCUGUCCUGCCAGGACACCUGCCCGAGCCUCCCACAGUGUGGUUCCUGCCUGGGUGAAGAAGGCCCCUGUGGCCACAUUAGAAGUGCGGUUUACUCCUCAUGCUGAGAUGGACCUUGGGCAGCUCAGUUCAGGAGAUGUUGGUCAGGUGUCAUUUAAAUAUUUUCAAUCAGCAGAGGAGGCAAAGCGUGCCAUUGAGGCCGUGCUGUCAGCCGAUCCUCGGUCUGUGUACCGCCGGAAGCUCUGCCAGGACCGCCUUUUCUACUUUACUGUGGACAUAGCACAUGUCACUUGCUGGUUUGGCGAUGGCUUUGCAGAGGUUCUAAGGAUCAAGCCGGCUUCUGAGCCUGUUCAGAUGGCUGAGCCUGUGGAGUCCUUGGAGGCUUCAUCGCGUCUUUAGACAGCCUGAUUGACCUUCGGUGGCUUCUGGAUUUUCUGUACAAGCUAAUGAUGUGCAGAUAGGCAACACUUUGUGAUCUCACUGCUUUGAUUGACUUGGGCUGUUCAAAAAUAUUUAUUUGAAAAACAUGUAUUUUAAUAAACUUAACUGAGAUAUAUAGAGAAAUUGCUGUGUGCUUUUUGAUCUGUUGAUAUUAAAGAAUCCAUAGG